AUGAUUAUCGUGUGUCCUUGGAGGGCCAGCCUCCCCGGGGACGGCGGCGGCGCCACCACCGUACUGCUGUCUGCUGCCGGCUGGGCCCUGACUGCCAUGCUGGCUUUCAAUGCUGUAAGAGCCCUGGUGCUGAUAUGGGUCAGUGAACAGCGCCAAAAAGCCCGAUUGAACCCACCAUCGCGAGCAAAACCGCCAGCGUCGGUGAUGGUACCGCCGCCUGCUGCUGCCGCCGUUGCCAGCGGCGGCGGGGCUGUUGGUAGCAGCACUGUAGCCGCAGGUCGCGUUGUCCCGACGUCUUCGGCAGUGGCAGCUCCCGGAACACUGGCACCGGCGCCAGGAACACCACCACCAGGUGGUGGGGAAGCAGCAGCGCAUAAACUGAACGUGUCCAUUUCGACCCCUGCGGCAGUAGCAGCACCAUCAGCAGCGGAGUCGGGUUUGCCAGAGGCGCGGGAGGCGGCGAGGGAAACAGGACCUGUGCGACCUGAGGGGUGGGUCGCUGAGGGCGGUUCCAAGGGCCGCUCCGAAGACGGAAAGGCUCCGGCGCAGCUGCCGGGCUACCUGCUACAGUCCCGGGGCAGCCAGCACCACCACGUGCAGCCGAACGUCAGGAACGACAACAGCAACCUGGGCAGGGUGGUGAUUUGCGCAAUGUUGGAACCUGCUCCGGAACCUAACUCCGGGCCUGGACCUGGAUCUGAAUUCGGAUCCGGUCCUUCCCUCGGAAUUGGAUCAAAACCCGGAUCUGGGCCUGCUACAGCGUCGUCAGCUGGUGUGGCGACGUCCGGCAUGCCCUGGGCAACCAUCGAAUGGCACAAACGCUUCUGGGAGCCGCUUCUCUGCAAGUACGCGGACUCUAAGGAGGAAAGGGUCACAGGGUUGCUCGUAUUGUACGGCAGGUCUGUACUGCAUAUCAUGGAGGGUGACAACAACCAGCUGUUUGCGUUGCUACGGGAGCUGCGCCCGGAGGACGUGGGGGUGCACUGCUUGACGGAUAUUCGGGUGCCCUGCUACAUCUUGGACGUACGGGAGCGGCUCUUUGACUCCUGGAUGGCCUCGCUGGUGGGCCGCAUUCAGGAGCUGGAGUUGUUCAUCAAGUUUGUAGGACCCAAGCUUUCCGCGCUGACCGCACAGGACUCUCGAGCACAGGCGCUCCGAAACCUGUACGAGUACGAGACCACAACGCCACCAGAGGAGCUGGUGGCGGCGCUGGCUACGGACCCACUUGCCCCCGAGCUAGACGACUUCGUGGCCACCUUUGACGCGGACUACCACCGCUACGUGUCCCUGCUGGCCCUCAUGGUGGAGCUGGAGGAGGAGAUGGAGGCGGAGGGGGAGGCGGUGGCGGGGGGGGGGUAUGCAGACGACGACAACGACACGGGCUCGCCUGAUGGCGCGCUCCACCUCGCUGAUGGCCGAAAUCCGCCACCUGGCCCAGUUCUACGAGGAGCAUGUGCGGCGGGACCUCAAGGGAGCCCUAUAAAGAUGAACGAAGCGGACUUCCGCGCCGCGACGGCCGACAUGGGGGACACGGCCCUGUGGGACGUACGACGAGUUGCAUUACAGUCGGCGCGCCGCGAUGACGCCACCCCAGUUCGCUACUUCGAAGACGCCGUCACGGAGGCUCUUCGCUCUCUGCACCGCAUCUCGCAAGAGUGCCUUUGGGACGAGCUGCAAAAGCACGAGCUGGGAAAGCGCACACUGAGGUCGCUGGCGGCGGAAUACCUGGCGGCGGCGACCUGA